AUGGGAGCGGCUCAUAUGUUGCUUCGCUCCCCUCGUUCUCCCUCCCCGCUCUCCUCCCCCCCACUUCGUCUCUUUCGACCGCCGCAAUGCGUGCGUCCAAUCACCAUCCGACAGGUGUACAAGAGUGGCCAUCUAUCCGUCUCGUCAAAAGGGUUGGGCUGGAAGUCAUGGAAGCGGCGCUGGUUCCUCCUCACGCGCUCCUCCCUCAUUUUCUUCAAGCACGAACCAAGGGGUCGCAUUGACAUUUCUACUGCGAUCGGAGGCAUUGAAUUCAACAACGCCGGCAAGGUGCACAUCAAGCCGGACAAGAAGCAGCUCUCCCUCACCUUCCCGGACGGCCAUGCCUUCACCUUCAAGACGGACACACUGGAGGAUCUGGAGGAGUGGAGGGACGCGCUAGAGGACGCCAUCUCCAAGGCGCCCCCUCCCUCCGUGAUGAUGGGUCUGCCCCGUGACACACUCUUCAGAGGAGACGGGCUUGACAUUGGUGACAAUGACGGGCCUCCAGGACCAGGCAAGGAGCGGCGGCUGCGCUCUAUGCUGCUCUGCCGCCCCUUCUCCCUCGCACUAGAGGACGUCAACGGCUCGCCCUCCUUCCUCGAGAAGGCUCUCCAGUUCAUUGAGGUUCACGGAGUGAAGCUGGAGGGCAUUCUGCGAGCAGCAGCGGACGUGGAGCAGGUGGAGAGGCGUUUGAAGGAGUACGAGGAGGGGCACACAGAGUUUGAGGAUGGGGAGAACCCUCAUGUCGUGGGCGACUGUGUCAAGCUUGUCCUGCGGGAGUUGCCAACGUCCCCUGUGCUCCCAUAUGCCUGCACCGCCCUCGACCAAGCCUUCCAGCUGGACGAGGCGGAGGCGAAGCUAGAGGCAGUGCGCACUGCCAUGCUCAACCUGCCCGAGCCCAACCGGCGCCUGCUGCACCGUGUGCUGCAGACCAUGAUCGCCAUAACCAACAACGAGUCAAUCAACAGGAUGAACGCCUCUGCCGUCGCAGCCUGCAUGGCGCCGCUCCUCUUCCGCCCUCUUUUCAGCGGGGAACUUCAAGCAUCGGGCGAUGAGGAUGGGGAGGACGGUGCAGCUGCGGCUGCGGCUCAGAUCAUGGCCCUCACCAUGGCAGCCAACCAGGCGCAGACCAUGACGAUUUACCUCAUGGAGAAUAUCGAUAAGGUGUUCGUGGGCGAGGCUCUAGGUCGUGGGCUUGCACGGGGUGUAUACAGCGGGGCGGCAUGGGACGACGAGGAUGACGAGGAGGGCGAGCUGGUGGACGAUGAUGACGUGGACGAGGACAACGAUGACGAGGACAGCGGCGCCCAGGUGGCGGUGCUGGAGGCGUCGCGUCAGGAGCUGCGCGCCUCGCUGGCCAAGGAAGUGCGGGCGAACGAGAUGCUCAAGGAGAGCUUGGUGCAGAGGAGGAAGACGCUGCAGGAGCUGAGGAACGCCCUUCAGAGAGACGCGGCUCAGCUGCGGCUGGACCUGCAGGAGCAGAGGGAGCUGUAUGCGCGCAUGCAGACGGGCAUCAAGGGGCCUGUGCCUGAGAUAGAGCUCGAGCCAGAGCUGAAGGCAGAGCUGAAGGAGAUAGAGUCACUGGAGAAGUCAGUGGCCCUGCUUCGCACGGAAACAGAGACUCUGCAGCGGGAGUUGCUGCACGUGACGCACAAGCAGCAGCAGCUGGAGCAGCAGCAGAAGCAGCAGCAGCUGGCGGGGGUGGCAGCAGGCGGGGGAGUGGGGGGAGCGCCCCUGACAGGGGCGAGUGCGGAGCAGUGGCAGCGGAUUGAGGCGCUGCGGUCUCUGAGGGCGCAGCUGAAACAGGAGCUGGAUAGGACCAUGGCCAUGUGCCUGGAGGAGCAGCAGAAGAACGCUGAGCUGGAGGAGAGGCGGCGGCAGGACGACCCAGUGGCGUUGGAGCAAGCAGUGAUGCGACAGAAGGCUGCCGUGCAGCAGGCGCAGGCGGCAUUUGAGGCGGAGAUGGCAAGGGGCAAGGAGUUGAGGCGCAAGCUGCAGCUGGCCCAGCAGAGGGCUGCUGCUGCCGCCCUUGCCAGUGCCAACGCCGCUGCCACCGCCGCUGCAGCCACGGCCAGCACCGCAGGCUCGGGAGGCUCCGGCUCAACCGAACCUGCCGCCCACGCCGGGCAGCCAGGCUCGGCCGAGGCUGACGCCCGAUCCGCACCUGAUGGGGAGGCUCGUCCGGCAGGUCCGUCGGCCGCAGCUGCAGCAGCGGCAGCAGCAGCGGUGGCUGCAGCAGGGGGGGCUGGUGAACCUCCCUCAGCAGCGGCUGCUGCUGCUGCCUUUGCUGAGCUGACUGCCAGGCUGGAAGAAUUCAAGAGGCAGCGCGCUGUGCUGAUUCAGCGCCUCGCCGCGCUGUCCAAUGAGACGGUGCCAGGUGGCCCACAGGGAAUGGCUGGGGCUGGAGGGCCAAGGGUGCCUCAGUUGUCAAGGGAUAUCCCAAGUCACUGA